CUCUCCAGUGGUUUACCUACUUACGUCCUAAAGUUGACCAUUAACAAAAUUAAUGAUUAAAUAAAAGUGCAGUUUGUGUCUACAUGUGUAUUUUGAGAUAUUUGAAUGGUUUCAACGAUGGCGUCGUUCCUAUGUUUCGUUUGCCAUAGCACGAUCAACUCUAUAACAAACGAGGUGACGCGCGAGAAAUAUCGCGAAGUAAUAGGAAUGAAUUUAUGUCAGGAUUCGCAUUUGUGCCAUAUAUGCAGACACAUACUCAACAAAUUAUGGUUAUUCAGAUCUAAAUGUCUGAAGAGGAGUUCUGAGUAUCCUAGUUUGUUCAGUGAAGAUGUUCCUAUACGUUUGCAAAGAACCGACACGGAAUGCCACAUACUGUGCCCGAAGUCUGACUCAUGCCAAACCUUACAGACCGGGUAUAGCUCCCAAUACGUUUGUGAUGAACGAAAUUUGAACGAGAAUCGUAAAGACGCAGAUGAUUAUCACGUACACCAGCUGCAAGAUGAAAGGAAUUACAUUGAUUACUACGAAGAUCUAGAUGCGCUAAAUGAAUUUUACGGUAACGAUAAUCCGAUUGUUGAUAAAGAGAAAGGUGCUAACGCUUUAAACGGUUUAGACGAUGAUAAUAUUGAUGGCGAAAUCGAAGGUAGCGUGCCAGAACAAAUAAAAAUUCAAAAUGAAUUUAUUGAAGAUCACGUGCAGAUGAUAAAUGAUGAUGGAAAUGAGGGAUCAGCUAAAUUGGACGAUACGAAAACGAGGAAGGUCAAAAACAAGAGGCAGAAAAAGAUUUUAACUGAUCUAGAAGAGCAGAAAGCGGUUUUGGAUGCUAUGAGGAAAGGGAAGAAGUAUUUAGAGGCGGAAUUCAAAUGUUAUAAUUGCGCUGUUGGAUUCCUAUUUAAGGACACUUAUCAGGCGCAUAUGAUGAGACACGAAGAGUCAAAUGGUGAAUAUCGUUGCGAGGUGUGCACCCUACGUUUUGCGUGUGCGUCCGUUUUGCGCGCGCACAGCAAGACUCAUAGCCUAGAACGUUCUAGACGACGGGUUAAAGUCGACGCGAACGGUACGCAAGUCCCUUGUCACUUGUGCGGAAGGAUUUUCAUGGAUACGACAAAUUUGAAACAGCACCUAAAGAGAUUCCACAAUCAGAAGAACAAUAACCGCACGUAUUCGUGCAGCGUCUGCGGGAAGAGCUACAGCAACCAGGGAGCGGUCCGGACACAUAUGAUUAAACACAUCAACAGAAAGUUCAACUGCGACAAAUGCCCAUCGACAUUCAGCAGUCCGUACACCCUGAACCAGCACAAGAAGAAGCAUGAUGACGUCACAGCGCUGCAUCAUUGUGAGACGUGUGACGUCACGUACAACAGCCGGAAGAGUCUCAUGGCCCACAAGAGGAAUACCUUUGCGCAUCAGCAGACUGUUUUCGCCUGUCGGGCGUGCAACAGGCUGUGUCCUACGAAACGCUCCCUGGAAUCGCACAUGGCCGCCGUCCACUCGGCGACGAAGGACUUCUGUUGCGAAGUCUGCGACGCUAGGUACACGAAUCGAAAGUCUUGGGUGCGACACGUGGCGACCCACGACCCGAGCAGAGCCAAAGAGGUCUUCAUAUGCUACCGGUGCCCGAAGACUUUUAAGUCCCGAAGCAUGCUAACCCGGCAUCUGAAGAAAGUUUGCGAGAAAGAAAAGUUGAUAAUCGAAGAAAAUAAUUACUAUCAAGAAAACGUUUCUAAUUUAUAAUGCAAAUAAUGAUAAUAAUGUUGAUGAAUUAAUAAAGACUAUAUUUGGGAUCCUGUAUUCAAACGCUCCUGUAUAAGCGAUAUUAAAUGUCACAAAAAAAAUGAAGUUUAUGUAUACUAUAAUAAAUUAUUU